CUCGCUCUCCCGCGCCACCUCCCUUCCUCCGCCUCCCGGCCGCUCGCUGGGCAGAGGCAUGGAGGGCAAUAAGCCCGGCUCGUCGCCGGGCUGCCGCGACGACGGCAGCCCCAGCGCCAACGCCUGCUUCCAGGGCAAUGCGGCGGCGGCGGACAAGGCGCUGGGCAGCCCGGGCGGCGGCAGCCUCAAGGACCAUGGCAACUCGGUGUGCUUCAAAGUGGACGGCGGAGGCAGCGGCGGCGAGGAGCCGGCGGUGGGCUUCGACGACGCCGAUGCUGCCGGGCGCCAAUACGGUUUCAUGCAGCGCCAGUUGACCUCCAUGCUGCAGCCCGGGGUCAACAAAUUCUCCCUCCGCAUGUUCGGCAGCCAGAAGGCGGUGGAGAAGGAGCAGGAAAGGGUUAAAACUGCAGGCUUCUGGAUCAUCCACCCCUACAGCGAUUUCAGGUUUUACUGGGACUUAAUAAUGCUUAUAAUGAUGGUUGGAAAUCUUGUCAUUAUUCCUGUUGGGAUCACAUUCUUCACAGAGCAGACAACCACACCGUGGAUUAUUUUCAAUGUAGCAUCAGAUACUGUGUUUCUGUUGGACUUGAUCAUGAACUUUAGAACUGGCACUGUUAAUGAGGACAGCUCUGAGAUAAUCCUGGACCCCAAAGUCAUCAAGAUGAAUUAUUUAAAGAGCUGGUUCGUGGUUGACUUCAUCUCAUCAAUACCAGUGGAUUAUAUCUUUCUCAUUGUAGAAAAAGGGAUGGACUCAGAAGUCUACAAAACUGCUAGAGCACUUCGUAUUGUAAGGUUCACAAAAAUCCUCAGUCUGCUGCGUUUAUUACGGCUUUCAAGAUUAAUAAGAUACAUUCACCAGUGGGAAGAGAUUUUCCACAUGACAUAUGAUCUUGCAAGCGCAGUAGUGAGAAUCUUCAACCUGAUUGGAAUGAUGCUCCUCCUCUGCCACUGGGACGGUUGCCUUCAGUUUUUGGUACCAUUGCUCCAGGAUUUCCCGCACGAUUGCUGGGUGUCCCUAAAUGGUAUGGUUAAUGAUUCCUGGGGGAAACAAUACUCAUAUGCUCUCUUCAAAGCCAUGAGCCACAUGCUUUGCAUUGGUUACGGAGCCAGAGCCCCUGUCAGCAUGUCGGAUCUCUGGAUAACCAUGCUGAGUAUGAUUGUAGGGGCCACCUGCUAUGCCAUGUUUGUGGGUCAUGCAACAGCCCUGAUUCAGUCUUUGGAUUCAUCACGGCGUCAGUACCAAGAGAAGUACAAGCAAGUGGAACAGUACAUGUCGUUUCAUAAACUACCUGCCGAUAUGCGUCAGAAGAUCCAUGAUUAUUAUGAACACCGUUACCAGGGAAAGAUCUUCGAUGAAGAUAGCAUUCUCAAUGAACUCAACGACCCACUUAGGGAGGAGAUUGUCAACUUUAACUGCCGGAAGCUUGUCGCCACAAUGCCUCUCUUUGCAAAUGCUGACCCAAAUUUUGUAACGGCUAUGCUGAGCAAGCUGCGGUUUGAGGUGUUCCAGCCUGGAGAUUACAUUAUCCGAGAAGGGGCUGUGGGGAAAAAGAUGUAUUUCAUUCAACAUGGGGUUGCCGGUGUUAUCACUAAAUCCAGUAAAGAGAUGAAGUUGACAGAUGGCUCUUACUUUGGAGAAAUCUGCCUUUUGACCAAGGGCCGCCGCACCGCCAGCGUGAGAGCCGACACAUACUGCCGCCUGUAUUCUCUCUCUGUGGACAACUUCAACGAGGUUCUGGAGGAAUACCCCAUGAUGAGAAGAGCCUUUGAAACAGUAGCCAUUGACAGGCUGGAUAGGAUAGGAAAGAAAAAUUCGCUUCUGCUGCAAAAAUUCCAAAAAGAUCUCAAUACUGGUGUCUUCAACAACCAGGAGAGCGAAAUUUUGAAACAGAUAGUGAAACACGACCGAGAGAUGGUGCAGGCAGUCGGGUCGGCAAAUUUGCAGCAAAUGCCGGCACUGAAUUCGAGUCCUUUGACCACUGCCCCCUCGAUGCAGAUAAGGACUCAAUCCCUGCCUGUGUAUUCUGUGAUGAGCCUGAAUUCUCCGACGCCGAGCGCACAGACGCCUCAGCAAGCUGCCGUUUUCUCCCCCUGCUCCUACCCUUCCGCAGUCUGCAGCCCACCGGUACAAAGCCCUCUAGCCGGCCGAACUUUUCAGUAUGCAACACCUACAGCUUCGCAGUUGUCGCUGCUGCAGCAGCAGCAGCAACAGCAACAACAACAACAACAGCAGCAGCAGCAGCAGCAGCAAAUGCCUAGUGGGUCACAGAAGAGUGACAUCCAUAAGAGUACGCAAGCUCUUCACAAUGCUAGUCUGACAAGAGAGGUGAGACCCCUUUCUGCUUCACAGCCUUCAUUACCCCACGAGCUUUCCACUAUGAUUUCUAGACCUCACCCGACAGUGGGAGAAUCUUUAGCCUCCAUUCCACAGCCCGUCUCCGGUUUCCAAAGCACAGGCAUCCAGGCUGGGAGCAAAGGCACUGUCCCCCAAAGGGUGGCCCUCUUCCGCCAGAUGUCUUCAGGAGCAAUUCCACCUACGCGAGGGCCCACGCCACCAGCUGCCGCGCUGCAAAGGGAUUCUUCCGCAGUCUUAAGCACGGAACUAGAGGGCGAUAAACCGCGGUUUGCUUCAAACUUAUGAUUCGUGCAGGCUUCAGAUAAGCGGAGACUGACAUAAAACUGACAUCACUCCCAGGAUUUCCAAUAGAUCCCAGCUUGUCUGCAAAGAAAAGGAGCACUUUGGACAAAUUGAACCCUUGAAUGUAUGGAGAGAGACAGAGAGACAGAUGGACAUCAGAGAGAGAGAGAGAGAGAGAGAGAGAAAGAGAGAAAGAGAAAGAGAGAGAGAAGAGAAAUCCAAAAUGGCCUCUCAUGUCUUCCUUUCUUAGAAAUUGUUAAAAUGAGUCUAAAAACAGUGGUUGUAAUGUUAUUUAUUUUUAACCUGGUUAGAAAUAUGAAGAGAUUUCCUGUUUUUAUUCUACAUUAAAAGGCAGUAUUAAUAAUUCCAGGAACUAAGCCACACAGAAAUAAUAAUAACAAUAAUACUAAUAAAAAUCCAUACAUAAUGCACCCAUUAGCUUGGAAUUCGCAAACAGUAGUUUUUCACUUUUCUUUAAAAAAAAUAAUUGAGACACAUUUCCCAUUUUAGAGGUCCAGAUUACUUUUUGGUGCUUUUACAUUCAGGUUUCGAUUGAAGGAUCAAUGGAAUUCUUCCUGUCUACAGACAAAGGUCUAGCAGUACUGCUUGUUUUGGAUGAAAUCUAACCUCAGAAUCAUUCUCCUCUUUCUGAAAGCUGGGUGGACUUCUAUCUUCA